AUGCCUGCUAAUACAUUCUCUCUGUGCUGUGUGCAAGGGAAACUCCAUGAUGGGGAGGCCUCCGGUGUUAUCAAGAAACAAUUUGGAAUCAAUGCUUAUGUGACUGGUGAAGACUAUGGAGAUGCGCGGAAUAUUGUUAUCUUCUCCGAUGUAUUUGGAAUAGGUUUGAAAAACAACUUACUUAUUGCGGACUGCUUGGCUGAUGCCGGUUAUCGUGUGUAUAUCCCUGACAUCUUCGACGGGGAUGCUAUCAAAGUUGAAUCUAUGUCGAAUGGUUUUGAUCCAGAAGCCUUUGCUGCGUGGAAGAAACGUCAUGACCCAGUCAAUGUUGCAUCCUUCACUCAAAAGUUUUUGGAUGACCUAAGACAAUCCGUUGGUGAUAGCAAAUAUAUUGCAACAAUUGGACACUGUUACGGAGCAGGAUUUGUGUUGAGAUCUUUGGCAGAAGGUGGUGGGGCGGAUGCUGGAGCCGUUGCCCAUCCAUCAUUUGUGAGUGGAAGCUUAUUUGAGGGUGUCACUAAACCAUUGCUCAUUUCUGCUGCAGAGAAUGAUAAUGCAUUUGCUCGGCAAGAUCGGGUUGAGGCAGAGAUUGCGCUCCAUGAAAACGGCAUCAAGUAUCAAAUCACAGUGUUUUCUGGUGUGAGCCAUGGGUAUGCUGUUCGUGGAGAUAUGUCAGACCUUUCAGUGAAGUAUGCCAAAGAGAAGACGUUGAUGGAUCAGAUUUCAUGGAUAAAUCACUUUCUGAGAUGA